UGCUGCGCUAGAUUUCAGUAGAGCGAAUAACAACAAAAAUAAUGUUAAAAUUGAGUUAAAUUUGUCAAACAAACAUUUUAGUCGCAACAAAAUUACAUGUACAAAUUUAAAUAGCCGGCAGCCACCCACGAAAGCCAGGGCCACCAGAACAAAUAGACAGACGAAAAAAAAACAAAUUUGCAUCUUAACAUCUAUCUUUAUUAAUCCAACUCUAAAUGGUGGGAAUACUGGUGCAGGUGUUCAAAUGGGACAAACGGUGGCAAUUAUUGCAUAAAUGUGAUUUGAUCUUUAAGAGGAAUAUUAAGAAGCAAGUGGUGUAUCCAACAAAACUUGCAGAGGUUGGACGGCUGGUAGAUGCCAAAGAAGGUAAAUAUGAGACAGGACAAUUGUUCCUGCAUCGCAUCUUUGGCUAUCGUGGCGUCAUAUUGUUUCCCUGGACGGCUCGCGUCUAUGACAGGGACUUGCACAGUCCGAGCAAGAUAGCAUCGGUGGCGGUUAAUACUUCACAGCCUCAGGAGCAGCAGCGUUCCAAAGAAGCAACUGUUAGAAUAAAGUCACCAGUGGGUGGUAAUGAUUCGACGACUACUACACCCUCGGCGCAGUUAGCGAGCAGCGAUUUAUCGUCGGAGACUACGAACUUGGGAGUUUCAUCGCCAUCUAGUUCCACCUCUUCAAGCCAAGUCGAUGCCAAAGAUAUAAAAGGCAAAGUGCAAACGUUUUAUCAAGUCCUUAUAGAUACCCGAGAUUGUCCGCAUAUUCGCGCUCAAACCGAGGCAGUGACAUUUUUAGGUAAUCAGGAUUCGAAUCGUAGUCUCUAUGCCAUACCUGGCUUGGAUUAUGUGGCCCAUGAUGAUAUUAUGCCCUAUAAUUCAACUGAAAAACAUCCGCUGCAGCAUGAGCUUUUCGACAAGUUCCUUACCUACACGCCAGACCAAGAUCCCCCAUUCGUGAGUCAAGAUACAUUAAAGGCCUGGCAAGAGAAGAAUCAUCCCUGGUUGGAUAUGAGCGAUGUGCACAAAGAGACAACUGAAAAUGUUAGGGUCACUGUGAUACCCUUUUAUAUGGGAUGCCGAGAGACGCCAGCUAGCUCGGUGUACUGGUGGCGUUAUUGCAUUCGCCUGGAGAAUCUCGGUGAUUUGAGUGUCCAGCUGAGAGAACGCCAUUGGCGCAUUUUCUCUCUUUCAGGUACACUGGAAACAGUCCGCGGUCGCGGUGUUGUAGGGCAGGAGCCUAUUUUAAGUCCUAGAUUACCUGCUUUCCAAUAUAGCAGUCAUGUUAGCUUGCAAGCGCCCAGUGGCCAUAUGUGGGGUACAUUUCGCUUGGAGAGGGAAGAUGGCUAUUCAUUCGAUUGUAAAAUUCCUCCCUUCUCGUUGGAAAGCAAGCCAGAUGAUAUGCCACCACCUUCAGCAACAACUCCUGCAGGAUCAGGUGAAGACGACAAGAAACGUGGCGAGGACAGUGACUAACGUUAUGGAUGGAGAACGGAAUAGGGACGAGGCUUGUUGUUUAUAGCAUAGAUAAAUGAUUUUACCAGACAAACCAAACCAAUAUUUCUCCUCAAUGAAAGAAAUUGUACAUGUGUUUAGUGCAAAUUAUAAUUAAAAUAAUUAACAAAACGA